CCCUCCUCCUUAUACUGCCCGUAUAUAAAAUUAUUCCAUCUCCCCAAUCCCUUCAAACAUUGUCGAUUCGCGCCCUUCUAUCUUCCACCAACCAGUCCCGCCAAUAUUUUAGACGGCCUUGUUCGAUGCACACUGCUAGUCGUUCUCGAGAUCUCACAUCAAUCUAGACCCUGCGGCUCCACUCACAGAGCCGCGCCAACGAACCUGUCAAAUAGCAAGCCAGCCAGCCAGCCAGAUACCACAGUCAAAUCCAAACCACACCCAACAUGUCUCAGGAUUUCUUCAGGACAAAUUUCCCCCAAACCGGCUAUCCCACAUUCAACACAAGAGGAGGCGGCGGUCCAUUCGAAGAGGCCAGUUCCUCAUCUGGGGGCUCCGCGCAAGGCCAGAGUGCCUCUGCUACACCCCAAUUCGACAUUUUCGAAUGGCAUCCAGCCUACCAAAGCUGCCAACGCUACUUCCUCGACCACGCACAACACGACAACGGCGUGCAGGCAGUCGCUGCUCUUGUCAACAUUUGCUUACCUUUCCAAUGGACUCCCGCCCCCGUCAUGAAUUCCACAGGACCCCUUCCACAUUCGUCAGGACCAGCAGCAUACAACUUGCCUUGGCCAAGAUCAGGACCCGUGACGAAUUCGAGGGGACAACCUGCGCCUGCGUGGGUUUCCUUAGUUCCGUUCAUUAGGAGACUUGUCAUCACUGGCAUGGACCGAGAGGGAGUCAUGCAUGGUUUCUUUGGGGACGAUUGGCGGAAAGGCGUUGGACCAGUGCACGAGUGUGAGCGUCGAAACUACCUAUUCGCGGCAAAGAGCGUUGGCUGGGCCAAGGUCAAGUAUCAAUACGACAUGUCUCCGCACGAAUCGGUGCCUUUCCUCAAGCCACUUCAAGAUGUCCAGCUGGCAGAGAUAGAGGGAGCAGAGAAGACGUGGAGUCAAUGGCUUGCCAUGGAGGAUUGGAUGGUCGGCCCGCGCGCGCCAGACGCAGACGAUCAAGGACAGGAGGCAACUCGUCGCACGUCAUGACCAUUUCUUAUUUU